AUGAGCAAAUCUGCAGAAACAUCAAAGGGAACUCAGGUCCAAAACUCAAAUAUUUGUCUUUCUGCCAGCACAGAAGAUAGGACUGCUUUGUCUUUUGUUGAAACUAUUGCGAAAAAUACUCAUUUACAACAAGUCCAACACUUACAAUUUAGUUCUCAAUAUAACCAGGAUUCACCCACACUCUUCCAGCAGCAAAACAAUAAUCAUUUUUUUCUGGACAAUAGCAACUCAGUUUCAUCAUCAAAUUGCAAAUCUUUAAAUAUGGGCGCUUCGAAUUUAUUUUCUUCUCAGUUUUCAGCUCUUCCUUCCAGUAUACUGCUGUCACUAUUGCCCAAUCAACAUCAGCUUCAACAACAAAAGCUUGAACAGCAGGAUUUUGUACAGCAGAAUUUUGAACAGCAGAAUUUUAUACCGCAAAAUUUUCAACAACAACAACAACAACAACAACAACAGCUGCAACAACAACAGCUGCAACAACAACAGCAACAACAACAACAGCAGCAGCAGCAGCAACAAUUGCAGCAGCAGAAUCAUCAACAAACAUUUCCGUUGAUCUCUCACAACAAUUCCACUGUACUUGGCUAUACCCCAUCUGGAAAACCUCGGCUAUAUCAAUGUGGCGUUUGUUUAAGAUCUUUUGCCAGACUAGAGCAUUUAAAGAGACAUGAAAGGUCUCAUACUAAAGAAAAGCCGUUUGUAUGUGGUGUAUGUAACCGAAAGUUCUCCAGAAGAGAUUUGUUACUUAGGCAUGCCGAAAAAUUGCAUGGGGGUUGUGCUGAUGCUGUUAAAAGGUUAAGGAGAAGAAGAUCCAAUGCAAAAGUUCCUGCUUCUAUAGUUGAACGAAAUCAAUUCCAUAGGCAACUCAAAAAACCCAGCUCAGACCUUUCAACUGUUUCCAAUAGUAGUUUUUCUAAAACUGAUUCAAAUUUAAGACUGGUAAAGGAAGAUUGCCAAAUUAGCGAUAAGUCAUCAAAUAGCACAGAAUCAAUACUGUCCUGUGAUUCAAAUCGCCAUUCUGUUUUGCACAAAGUUUUUCCUGAGCUGUUGCCUGAAAGGGAUAACCAAAAUAGUAUUCUGAAGAAUAAUAUUAGUCAAAACUUACCCGGUAAAAUAAAAUCAAAUGAGAACAACCCACCCACUGGAAUUUUUAAUAACGCUUAUCCUAAAUCUCUUUUUUCCAAAUUUGAAACUUUAAAUGAAAAUAUAUCAAAUGAAAUAAUCCCCAGAAAACGAAGGGCUUCAUUUUCGGCCGCAAGUGCUGAAAAUUAUGCAAUUCCAAGAUUAAAUAUGCCAGCCGAUAAUUCGAAUUUUUCACCAAGUAAUGAAAUAAACCAUUUUCAAGAACAUUAUUUUGUUGACUCGAUUGGGUUCUCUACACCUCAACUUACUGCACUUGAUUCUGGUUUUUUGGAUGGUGCUUUGAAAGAUUCACAAAAAGUUGUUCCUGAAUUAUCUUUGGAAAAUAAUAAUCAAAACUCUUUGGGACUUGUGAAUCCCAAUUCGGCAGAAAACCAAACCUCUAUUUCUGAAUUCGAUUAUAUAAGUACAAAAAAUCUUCCAAUUGAAAAUUUGCCGCCAGAUUCAAUCAAACCGAAUUUUGAAAUUUCAUCUCAAAAUAAUUUAUAUGGCGAUUAUAAUAUAUAUGGAGUUGAGUCUCCUGGUGCUGAGGAGUGGCUAACAAAUGUCCUACAAACUUACAAUGAUUCUGAACGGUUUGCUGAUAAUAAUGUUGAUGAUUAUGAAAAAGUGAUGAUUUCUCAUAAGAACCAAACUGAUAAUUCAUUUUCUAAACUUCAUGAUCUUUUAAGAAACUCAAAUAUUGCAGAAAUUCAUAACAGGGUUCUUUCUUAUAAAAAUCAAAUGCAGAAAGUCAGUUCUUCAGGUUCUUCAUCUCCUCAUUUUUCCAAAUUGAAUAAUUCUACCAAAUCUGAUUAUCUAGAGAAUCAUCCAUUUGGUUACAGCCAAAGCUCACGCACGAUUGAUGAUUCUUUAUUUGGUUAUUCGUUUUAUGAUUUUGGAGAGGAUUUUAAUAAUUCAAAACAGCUUGAUUUUUCUGACCAUUCCAAAAAUCAGCAUCAAACAAACUCAUGUUUUUCUGAUAAGAAUAAUAGGUUUUUUCGAUUGAAGGCCAUAACUGAAAACUAUGAGCAGGCGAUAGAAGAUGCUUAUUCUCUUUCAAAAAUUGGUAGUAGUAAGAAUAUCUCAAACACAACCCCACUAUUAUCUUUUUCUGAGCAAACCGACAAUUCUAAUAUUAAACAGAUUUAUUUGCAAAAACCUUUAAAGUCAUCAAUCUUACCUAUUGAUCGCGUUCAUAAUGGGUUAAUCAAAGAUAUAUUUAAUAAUGAAGUUGAUAUCCCCAAAACUUCUUCAAAUCGUGAAAUGCAUGGCUAUUCUUAUUAUGAUAUUCUCCCUUCAUCCAAAGGGCUGAAUUCUAUUGAUUUUUUAACUGAAUUAAAUAACAAAUCAACUAAUGAAAAUUCUCCCUUAUCUUCUAUUUCCUCCAAUAUUUUUGCUAAUAAACUAGAAGAUGAAAUGCCAGAAGAGGUUUCUGAUUCAUUUUAUUAUAAAUCUGCUUCUUUCUCCAAUAAAGUACUUUUCACUUUAUCUUUGCAAUCAAAGGUUUACAAUACAAUUAAAAAAUAUCCCUUUGGAGGGAUAACAUCCCCCAAAAUUCCUUCCGUUUCGAAAUUAAAUAAUUAUGUUCAUAUUUUUAAACUGAAAUUUUUGAAUCACUUUCCAUUUAUUCACCAUUUUUUUCUUAAUGAAACAAAUAUGCUCAAAUUAGUCAAUUGCCACUGGGAACAAGAACAUAACUAUAACAUCUCAGUUAUUAUCAAUAAUGGAGUAGAUCCUUUAUUAGUUCAAGAUGAGAAAGAUGCUGCAAUUGUCUGCUUGCCAUUAUUACUUGCUUCCACCGGCGCUGCCAUUAAUGGUGAUUACUCGGACUCUUCAAACUUGUAUGAGGCCUCGCGCAGAUGUAUUCAUGUCUACUUGGAUAUCCGCAAAAGGAACUCUUCCGGUCCCAAUAACUCAUCUCCUCUUUGGUUGAUUCAAGCACUUACUUUAAGUACUAUCUAUGGGCUAUUUGGACAGAAAACCCCAGAAAUAUCAUCAAUGGUAAAUCAGGUGAAUGCUUUGAUUGAUUUAAUAAAAACUUCAAAACUAAACCAAUUAAGUUUCAAUUAUAAAGGCAAAAGUUCAGAUUUUGAAACUGAAACUUCAACAACUAUUAUCGACUCUGGUUAUUUUGAAAAGUAUCUUAUCUAUCAAUCAAAACUAAGGACGGUAUAUACAGUUUUCAAUUUGUCAACGUUUUUGCUUCAGCUUUAUAAGGUUGAAGGGAUAAACAUUCUCACUGUGGAAGAAAUGACGUGUGUUUUGCCUGAUUUUGAAAUGUUUUGGCGAUGUUUGAACGUGGAACAAUUUAAGCAUUUCAUGAGAUUAUUUCACAAUCAAUUCGAAAGAAUCAAUCUUAAUUUUCAAAGCAUAUUAAGGGAUAUUAUUCUAAACAACAAGAUUGAUUACAAAACAUCUGAAUUUGGAUUAAUUUGUUUACAAUUUGGGUUGGAUCAGGCUUUGCAAACUAAUAAGCUAGAUGUCAAACAAAUCAAUGCAAUAAAUUGCUGGGCCUUGUUUUUAGAAUAUAACUCUGACAACAAGGAUGAUCAAUCAAACAGUUAUCUCCGACGCGAUUCAAUUAUUCUUCAUAACUAUGUUCUUUUAAAUCAGCUAACCUCGAACUUUGCUAAUAUAAACUGUAUUAAGAGAAAUAUAUGGUCUUGUAAAUCGGAAGAGAUAUCUAAUCUUGUUCUUGGCGACUAUUUUUUAUCCUUGAAUAACCACAAAUCAGACAUUGAUAAAAUUUUUCAAGAGCCCACCACAAAUCUCAAGACCAAUAUUGCACUAAAUCCAAAUGAAAUGUUGUAUGAAGGUAGAAAUAGGGAUUCUUUAUUAAUUCUCGACCUCUCAAUUAACAUUUUAAUCAAUUUUCUUAUUGACUUUAAAAUAGCAUCAAAACAAGAAAUUAAUAUCAAAGAGUUUUCUUCAUCUCCGGCUGUAAAUACAAAACCUGACUAUAUUUUGGAAGUUGCAAGGAAAAUUAAAAACCAAAAUUUUUUUAAGGAAAACAUAAGUGGGAUGUUAUCAUUGUAUUUGCAAGUACUAUUUGAUGUUUUCAUUCUUCUUUUUAGAUUUUGUUUUCAAUUUGAAAACUUUUGUUAUAUGAUAGACAAAGGGAUAAACAGAACUGAUACUGAAAGGGUUGACUUUUCAAGUGGUUGGGAUAAAAAUUUAACCACUUUGGGGUUGAUAAAUGAUGAAUGUGUUUAUGCGAACUUGAAAUAUUAUAAAUCUAUUUCCUUUUUAUUUUCAAAAAUUUAUCAAUUUCUUCAGUCAAAUUAUUCAUUUGAAACCUCAUUUUCAGAGAAGGAUGAUGUUCCUGGCUAUGAAACUAAUCAAUACAGAAACGUUCAAAACUCUUUCAAAAUUAUCAAAGCGGGUGGGUUUUUUUUUAAUGAAAUAUUUUCAAAAGAGUUUAAUUUUUCCAUCUUUUCUAAACUAGGAGAGGUAUUUCGAAUUGCUGAAAUACAUUUGCUGGAAUACAUAGACCACAAAUGA